GGACACGGUCAGCAUAUGUUAUAAACAGCCUUAUACUCUAUUCGGGUAUUGAGAAAUCAGGCGAAAGACUUCUGUAAGACAUACCUGUUUAUAUACGCGUUCGGAUAAAGUGUUUCAACAUACAGCCAUGGUGUAACCCCUGUUAUAUUUUUGUGUGUGUUUUAGCGAAUGGACUAGAAAAGAGAAGCAUCGUGUGUAAGCAAACUAAAACUGACCCGGGGAAGUAACAGAAUCGCAGACAUGGGGAUUCAAAAUCUGGAUAUUCAACUGAAUGGAGGCCAGUCGGUGUUCUACCCUGGUCAGAUGGUACAAGGAAAUGUAAAUCUACAGGUGGAGAGUGACACAAAAGUCAGAGAGAUUAGAUUGCGUUUCCGGGGCUACGCAGACGUACAUUGGACGGAACAAAAAUCACGGGGGAGCGGAAAGCAUCGUAGAACAUAUACCAAGCAUUACAGAAACCACGAAACAUACUUCGACAAUAUCAUAAAGCUGCUCGUUCCUGGUCCAGGAGAGGGCGAGCUGAUCAUGAAACCCGGACCAUAUACGUACCCCUUCGGCAUAAAGCUCCCUGACCAAUGUGCUACAUCAUUUGAGGGUAGUAUUGGGCGUGUGCGGUACUACGCCCAAGCCAUUGUAGAUAGGCCGUGGGCCUUUGAUAACGAACACUUCCAUCCAUUCACUGUCAUACAGCUGCUGGACCUGAACAGAUGCAACGAGGCUACACACACCGCCAGCAAUCAGGGAUCAAAGACUCUGUGUUGCCUGUGCUGUGAGUCCGGACCAAUUACAGGCAGUCUACAUCUAAACCGAUUAGGAUAUGUACCAGGCGAGAAGAUAAUGGUACAGGGAGAAGUCGUUAACCACAGUCGGAGAGCUAUGAAAAAUCACCAGAUCAACCUCUUAAUGAACGUUAAUUACCACGCAACACAAAAGACACGAACGGUUCAAACGGAAGUGGCAGAGCUCCGGAAGUUGGAGAUACAGCCAGGGGAGACGGAUCAUUGGAAUGGAGAAGGCUUAGUGGUACCACCACUGCCAGCUUCCGGUCUACCGGGCUGUAGAAUUAUAAGCAUUGAUUACACUGUUGAGCUGCAGGUUGUCCCCACUGGGAUCGCUUUUGAUCUGAGUGUUCCCAUCGGUGUUGUAAUCGGCAGCAUUCCAUUACUAUCAGUUGUCCAGCAGAAUGGUAUACCGAUGAAUAAACCCGUCCCUCAGCCGUCGGCACCGCCCUCAGUCAACCCUUCAGCCCCGCCCCCGUCUUAUAGUGACAUCUAUCACGAUGACCCCGCCUACCCGCCGCCCCCACAGGCGCUGAUGCCAGCAAAUAUACCUCCACCCUCGUACGGCCGUAGUGCGCUUGGUGCUAUGUCUGGGGGGUACAGUGAAGGAAAUGAGGUUGAUGACGAAAACGAACAGGUCGCCUCUAACGCUGUCCAACCGUCCAACCAACCGUCCAACCAACCUUGGGCUCCAGUGUACCCGUUCUACGACUGGAAUCGCCCGGAUGAAAAUUUCACCGUCAAAGAAAAGGAACAAAAGAAGAAAUAACCUUAGUGAUAUAAUCUUUAUAUCGACAUGCUGUUACUUUCGGUGUUCAUAUGUCAAUAUCUUACAUAUUGGAAAUGAUAUUGAGGCCAAAAUGUUUGAUUUUAUCUACAGGGUAAAGAAAUUUCAUUAAAGUGACAAAGCAUUAUACUUUUAACAAAACUUAACAGCAAUUUUGCACGCGGUUGUCAUAAAACAUUUGACAAAAUGCAUUUCAAAUUACAAAAAUCUUUUUUUUUUCAACUACUUUUUUUAUCCAGUAACUUCAAUUGUUUCAUAACUAAUGUGACACGUGAUAAAUUUCAUAACAAAGCGCGGUGGGUAACCACUUUCAAGGCCUCCGAUUAGCCAUGCCUGACCUCCAACAGUUCUGAUUGGCUAACAUCUGGCCAUUCACCACGGACUACUUCUACUCUCAUUCAUUAUGUUUGCUGUCUUUUGUAAAUUAUUACCUCAACAUGGACACGUUUUGUCGAUUAAGCGGGUAUCAACUUUGGCCUAACAGAAUGAGUGGAGCGUCCUCAUCGAAAAGUCGAUUAAAAUACGCACGGAACUGAGAUAUCCCAUACUGACACUGUCACAUGGGAAUUACACACAUUGCUCAGCACUCAAGGUCGGUUUCCGAAAUAUCUGUUGAAAUGCGCGGUGUCGUGAAUGAACAAAUAUAAUAGCAUACCUAUGAAGUCCAGGAAAAGUACCGAUAACUGAAUAUGACGGUGAUUAGUCUAGAUAUAUUCAGCUGUGACGUUAGACUUCGCCAUCUUUGAAUAUUUUUCGGAGUCAUUUUAAUAAGUGUUAUAUCAGUACAAACAUAAACAUACAAUGUACUAAUAUUUCACAUUAUAGAUUACAUAUACAAAUAGUUUAAUACAUACAUUAGUCUUUCCUUUAAAAUUGAUAAUAAACUUUCCGUUAUGACGAACUAUAUUUUGUCGCGUAGUGAUUCGGCUCACAGAAUUCAGUUGUUACGUUAGGAUAAUUUGAACUCAGUACAUAUGUAAGUUAGAGAAGUUGUAGGAUAAACAUGUUCCCGAACGACUUGCAGUAAUUUAUCAAGUUUAUCUUAACCCUUGUUAGGUAAUUUUCAAACUUAGAAAAGACACGAACUUCAGUUGGAUCAAACAUAAUGAACCACCGUUACUUAUUGGGGAACCUUCAUGAGAUAAAAUCCAUGGAAUGAAAUUCUGUAUUGAUUAAUGAACUGGUGCGUAACUGACGCGUACAUAUAUGGGGACAAACUGUGUGCAGUAAUUAAAUUAACCAAAUCUUCCUUGCAAUUAUUUUGUUUAAUGGUCAUGAAGGAGACUCUUAGUGUUCUAUAUACAUUUUAUACAAAGCAUAGUAUUUCAAAAUGGAUAUGCCAAACAAUGAAUCUUUUAUAUACACUUGUAUGUCUAUCUUGUGAUAUUAAAAUCGUUACUUACAGACAAUCAUUGGGUUUUAUGCAAUGUUUGUUUUCUGCUACUCUUCUGUAACAUAUUUUAUACAUACAUCUUCUAUACAAUUUUGUAAUGUAAAAUAAAUAUAUUUUUUCAUG